AUGGCAGACGCAAUGUUCGCAGAUGGUAAGUUCGACAUCGUGGCUCGUUCUCCUACUGAUUUCUUGUAUCUCUUCAAAGCCCUUUCGUGGGACGAUGUGUCAACCAAGACAGUAAAGGAGGUCUUACAUCCAUAUGGCGACUUUGUCAUUGUUGACAUCAGCCUCGACGGUGUGAUUGCUACCUUUGCCACCAUUCAAGGACUCGAUGGCAUCUUUGCUACAGAACUUGCGUUGACACGUGGCAAUGGUUGUGAAAUUCAUUUCCGCUUGAAGCCUCAACCACUUGACCCAAGUUACCGCAUCAUGUGCAAGAUCGAAUACUUCUUAUCUGUGGAUGGCACGUUGAUCAAAACUCUCGAUGUCGAAUAUUUGUUUCUGCACGUGAUGGGCGUCGAUUUAGUUCUUAGUCCUUUCGAACGCCAUGAUGUUGCAGAGAUUUCCGUUGACGGAACGCAUCUUGAUGAUAUCGACGUGAAGGCGCCUCUUGCUCCUCAGUUCGGAUUGUCUCCAGGAAGCUACCAUGUCCGCAUCGUCUUGAACGUUCAUCCUACUGAUGAUUUAAGACUAUUUGAAUUUGUUCGUGAACCUGCUGAUGAAGAAUUUGAUUCAGAUGGUCUCGACUCCGCAGAUGAUAGCACCGCUUAUGCGAGCACUGAAGAGGAUCAAGAAGAAGAUUAA